AUAAAAUAUAAUAUAAGUGAUAAUACCAUGCCGCAUAUAUUAUAAAGUCCAUAUUUUUUGCUCUUCCUAUCCACUAUCCUCUGCUGGGUUGAGUUGGGAUGCUCGUUUGAGCUCUCAGAUUUGUUUUUUCAGAAGAAGAAAGAUAACCCAUCUCUGUACAUUGAUUUAUAUAGGAAAAUGAGAGGAGGUCUAUGGCAACUUGGACAAUCAAUCACCCGUCGUCUGGUGCAGGCCGAUAAGAAGGGUGCUGCUGCUCGUAGAUACUUUGCUUCAGAAGCUAACCUGAAGAAAACUGUUCUUUUUGAUUUCCAUGUUGCUAAUGGUGCAAAAAUGGUCCCAUUUGCUGGAUGGAGCAUGCCCAUUCAGUACAAGGACUCAAUUAUGGAAUCGACUCUGAAUUGUAGAGAGAAUGGUAGCCUCUUUGAUGUCUCCCAUAUGUGUGGAUUGAGUCUCAAGGGGAAGGACUGCAUUCCUUUUCUUGAAAAGCUUGUGAUUGCUGAUGUUGCUGGGCUUACCCCUGGAAGUGGGACUCUUACAGUCUUUACAAAUGAGAAUGGAGGGGCAAUCGAUGAUUCUGUCAUCACAAAGGUUAAGGGUGAUCACAUAUACAUUGUUGUGAAUGCUGGAUGUAGGGAUAAGGAUCUGGCCCACAUCGAGAAGCAUAUGAAGAGUUUCACAGGCAAAGGUGGGGAUGUCUCAUGGCACAUCCAUGAUGAGAGAUCUCUUCUAGCACUCCAGGGUCCACUUGCUGCCUCGGUUCUUCAGCUCCUGACAAAAGAGGAUUUGAGCAAGUUAUACUUUGGGUUGUUCCGUAUUCUGGAUAUCAAUGGGGCAACUUGCUUCCUCACAAGGACAGGAUAUACUGGUGAAGAUGGAUUUGAAAUCUCAGUUCCUUCAGAGAAUGCAGUCGAUCUUGCAAAAGCAAUUCUGGAGAAAUCUGAAGGGAAGGUCAGAUUGACAGGGCUUGGUGCUCGAGACAGUCUCCGGCUGGAAGCUGGCCUAUGUUUAUACGGUAAUGAUAUGGAACAACAUGUGACACCUGUGGAAGCUGGACUCACAUGGGCAAUUGGAAAGAGGAGGAGAGCAGAAGGAGGCUUUCUGGGUGCUGAGAAAAUACUCAAACAACUCGAAGAGGGGCCGCCAGUCAGACGUGUUGGAUUCUUCUCUUCAGGUCCACCUGCGAGAUCCCACAGUAAGGUUCACGAUGAGAAAGGAAAUCCCAUUGGCGAAAUCACCAGUGGAGGAUUCAGCCCUUGCCUCAAGAAGAACAUAGCCAUGGGGUACGUGAAAUCUGGAGUGCACAAGGCAGGCACCAAGGUUAAGAUUGAGGUACGAGGAAAGACCUAUGAUGGAAACAUCACAAAGAUGCCAUUUGUGCCUACAAAAUAUUACAAGCCAUCUUAGUUGUUGCUGCUUCAGCCCCUGAAUCUUCUAAUGGGUUCAUGUUUUGACUCUGAUAAACAUUGGCAGCUACUGAUUUCUCUUCUACUGUAUUUGCGAGGUCUUUAAUCUUGCAUAUUUUUAUAAUUCUUACAACAGAACAAGAAUCUUUAUUC